UGUUAGGUUAUAAGUUAGCAGCAUGAUCAAAUAUUCAACAUAAUGAUUUACGCCCCGCUAUUAUUAACUAUCUAUUUUGUCGUCUGUUCAACGAAUGACUUGGUGAAGAUUGAUGAAAAGCCUCCAAGAGAUGAGGAUUCCUUUUGCGGUAAAGCAGAUUGUUCAUUGUACGGUUCUUGCCUGGAUUGCAAAUUUCCCGAAUGUGAUUACGGAGCCAUACUAACUUUGAAUUGCACCACAAAGAGACAGUGCGCUGGUCAGUAUACACUACAGAAAGAAGCGAAGUGCCGAUAUUGUUGGCAGACCGAUAUUGCGGAGCACCACUGCGCUCCGGUAAGAAACUGUUCGACACUGGCUACUCGACUGUUUCGCACGACGUGUCAAGUACAUCAGUGGGUCAUAUGCAAAGGUAGACGAGCUUUCCACAAGAAUGUGAGAUGCAACUGGUCCUCAGGAUAUAGCUGGUGGAAAGCGAUGUUCCUUUCAGUUACACUUGGAGGCUUUGGUGCAGAUCGUUUUUAUCUGGGAAUGUGGAAAAGUGCAAUAGGAAAAUUAUUCAGCUUUGGUGGCUUGGGUAUUUGGACAUUUGUAGAUGUUGUUUUGAUCGGUGUUGGUUAUAUUGGGCCAGCUGAUGGUUCUCUUUACAUUUAGUGGAAAAAUAUAUCGUAAAGAAAUUCAAUAACGUAAAUCAUCAUCCAGGGAUUUUUAAACAUUAGAAAGCAGAACUAGAGUGUCACACUGUUACGCAUAGCUGUUGAGCAGAAAUGUGCACUUUCAUUAGUGAGUCUUGUUCAUUAUUUUUUUUGUUUAAGUUUUAUGCUGUGGAUAACUUAAGUUGUUACAACGGGAAUUUCCUUGUUUCUUCCGUGCUUAUACAUUAUAAUACAUUCCUUCAGAUCAAAAGCAUCAUUUAGUUGAGUAAUUUAGUUGUUAUUUGUGAUGUACGCAGUCUCGAAGCAUUGCCUGAAUGUUCUCGAAACUCGAUGCAGCCUUUUUCAUUGACUGCACUGUUCUGAAAUAUGACUUGUUGCCCAGAAUGCAUAGUAUGAAGUAAUGCCGUGAACGGUUUUCCAUACUCCAUUCCUAAGGUGUUUACAAUAAAAUGUGAUAUGACUUACAAAAGAACGUUGUCCAAGUCGAAACAUGCACCUUGGAGACGGGAAUUCAAAUCAAUCAUUGUAUAUUUUCG